AUGUCGCUGCCUGCUAGAGCACUCUUGAUUAUCGCAGGCUGCAGCCAGGUUCUCAAUGCUGCGGAGCAGCAAGAGAAGCACGAGCGGCCCCACAUUCUUUUCCUCAUGGUAGAUGAGAUGGAUGGGCGCCUACUAGACGAUGAAACGCCUCAGUUCAAGCCGCCCCUGUCAAAUCUGCGAGCGCUGAUGAAGAGAGGUACUUAUUUUCCAAAUGCCUAUAGCAACUCUCCCUUGUGUGUUCCUGCAAGAACAUCAAUGGUCACCGGAAGGUUUAACUCAGACAUAAAGAUUUGGGACAACUUUGUGGGUAUCGCGAGCGUCAAUGGCGAUGACGGCCAGAUAGACCAGCACUGCCUGGACGCCUACUCCCGCAGGGAAUGCGAUCAAUUUGCAGCUGAGCAGAAGAUCAACGGGACAUUCUUCGAUGUUCUUCACGACCAUGGCUACAACCUCACCCUUUGGGGGAAGGUCCAUGCUGGAGGUGGGGUCGAACGCUUCAGCCGACACAUUUUCAAUGAUCCGUUCACGGGAACAGGUCUUGUCCGUGAGUCCGCUAAGGCUUGGACUCGCUCUACGGGGGUUUCAUCCAAGAAACAGGACCCUACUGACUGGCUGCAACGGCCCAUCAAUGUGCCCAAGCCGGCAGAGAAUUUUUUCGAUUACCCCACCGCAGACGAGUGCACGCGCUUGUUAGAGCAAGGGCUCUUCAAAUCAUCGACGCCGCAAUUUCUCUACUGCUCCUUUGCAGUGCCUCAUCCCCCCUACCAGACGAACAACACGUAUUGGAAUUUGGUUGGACCUCUUGGCAAACAUGCUAUUCCCGUGCAGGUUCCGCGGGAUCAGCUACAUCCAGCUGAUGAAUACUACGUGAAGUCCAAGCAGUUCUGGAAUUUGGAUAGCUGCCGCCCAGAGCACAUUGAACACUUCCGGCGAGUCUACUUCGCUAUGUGUGUUGAAGCAGAUCACUUGGUGGGCAGGAUCCUGAAGGCGUUUUGGAACAAUGUAGAUCCCGAUAGUGCUUUCGUCAUAUUUGUGUCUGACCAUGGUGAGCUCAACUUGGAGCAUCGCCAGUGGCAGAAGAGCUCCAUGAAGGAAGCAUCUGCUCGCAUUCCCCUGAUUGUCUCGGGACCGGGGAUGCCGAAAGGUCGGCGGAUUCAGUCACUUGCAUCCCUGAAUGACAUCUAUCCAACCCUUGUAGACAUGGCUGGCGCAGCUUCUCGCGUACCGACACAUCAGCUUGCUGGCGAGUCUGUUCUGCCGAUGGCACGCUGGGACCAGCGCAAAAAGAACUAUGUGGUUUCUGAGUACUACGACACGUUCUCCAGGACCGGUACGUUCAUGGUCAGGCAGGGCGAGAAGAAGUUAAUUGUUCAUGCACCUCUGGAGAACGGUGUUCGCUGGCCGGCACAGCUCUUCAACCUUGCUGACGAUCCCUGGGAACUGAAGGAUAUAGCUUCUGAGUUCCCAACAGAGGUGAGCCGUUUGGAGGCGCUUCUUCGAAAGGAGUUUGACGUGGAAGCAGUAGACCGGCAGAAGAAGUUAUAUGACCACAAGAUGUUCAUGAAAUACGUAUAUCGCAGGUAUUCCGGCCCAGCUGGAUGCCAGAAGGCAAUGACAGUUGCCUUCCCGGGCUUUGAUGAGGAAGAUGCGAAAGAAAUUGAGAAGUGGCUCGGAAAACCUUGUUGCAAAGUGAUGGAAGGCAGGGUGCAGCGCAGAGCAAAGUACCACACUCUGGCUUGCCCGUCAAAGAUGGGUGAAGCGGUUUCCCUCUAG